AUGGCUGAGACGAUGCACGUUGAUAAGCUGUUCAAGCUCGACGGUCGCAUCGCGUUGGUUACUGGCGGUGGCACUGGGAUCGGCUGGAUGAUCGCGCGCGGCCUCUCAGCAAACGGUGCGAAAGUCUACAUAACAGGGCGACGUUUGGAGGUAUUGGAAAGGGUAGCUGCGGCGUGGGCGCAGGACAGUGCGGCGAAGGGGUCGAUCAUCCCUCUGCAGUUAGAUGUCACCGAUCGCACAAGCAUAUCCGCCGCCCAAGAGCUCAUCGCGGAGAAGGAAGGAAAGCUACAUAUCCUUGUGAACAACGCGGGACAGACGGGACCCGUUUCACCCUUUCUGAACGAUAUGUCUGCGCCGCAACACGCGGACGCUGAGACGCUGGGACGCGCGCUCUUCAACAACGAGUCCUUCGAGGAGUGGGCAGGCGUGUACAGCAGCAACACCUUUUCCAUCUUCUUCGUCACUACUGCUUUCCUCGGUUUGCUCGCCAAGGGCAGCACGGACGUCGUGGGGUACCCGUCCUGCGUGAUUAACAUUACGAGCAUCAGCGGGUAUAUCAAGGUAGCGCAGAACCACUUUGGUUAUAACAGCUCGAAGGCUGCUGCGUCGCAUUUGACGAAGAUGCUCGCGACAGAAUUCGCACUGAAGAAGGUACCCGUGCGUGUAUGCGGCGUCGCACCUGGCGUGUACGAAUCGGAGAUGACCUUCGACACUAUUGGGCCAGACAAGGUGAACAUCGUUGGCAAGGGACUCAUCCCCGUGCCCGCGAACAGGCCCGGGACUGCACAGGAGGUGGCAGGGACAGUCAUCUACCUCGCAUCGCCAGCAGGGUGCUACACCAAUGGCCAGGACAUCAUCAUUGACGGAGGCUACACUGCGGUCAAUCCGUCCACGCAAUGA